CAUAAACCCAAUAUCGAAAUUACCUAACAGUGUGUAAGAUAAUGAAAGAGACAAUUGGUUCAUGGAGAAAAUUAUGUAUCAUCAGGAAGAGAUUGGAUGGGAAAAUUGCAAUUGUGACAGGAUGCAACGCUGGAAUCGGUUUUCAUACAGCCAGUGAAUUAGCUCGUCGUGGUGCAACAAUCAUUAUGGCAUGUAGAAAUAUGAAACGAGCCAACGAAGCUAGAACUCGUCUGUUGGAAAUGUAUGGUGAGAAUAAUGCGAAAAGUGAAGAAACCGAUGUUGCAUGUAGUCAAGUGAAGUCAUCUUUAAAGCCCAUCGAGUCAGAUCAGUUGAUAAUUGAACAGCUUGAUUUAGCUUCGUUGAAAUCAAUCAGAGAGUUUGUUGAUAGAAUCAAAAGCAAAUACAACAAAAUUGACUUUCUCAUCAAUAAUGCUGGAAUCAUACUACAAAACUAUACAACAACUGAAGAUGGUUUCGAAAUGACUAUGGGAGUGAAUUAUUUUGGACCAUUUCUAUUGACAGAAUUAUUGUUACCAUUGUUAAAGAAUGCUGCAUCAUCAAGAAUAAUAAUUGUUUCCUCCAUGAUUCAUGAAAGAGGUCGCAUUAUCAAACCAGAUUUGCAAUAUGAUCAAAAAACCUAUAAAGCAUUAAAUGCAUAUAGCACAUCUAAAUUAGCAAAUGUGAUACAUGCUAUUGAAUUAAGUGAACGUUUGAAAGAUUGUGGUGUAGUGGCUGUUAGUCUACAUCCUGGAAUUGUCAAUACUGAAGUGAUGAGGGAUCUGACAAGUUUUCCAUCGAAAAUUAUACGACCAUUGAUUCGGUCUGUACUUACAACACCAUGGAAAGGUGCACAAACUACUCUAUAUACUGCACUAACAGAUAACUUGAUUCCUGGAGGUUACUAUUCAAACUGCACAUUGAAAACACCUUCAAAAUAUGCUCAAAAUGUGGAAGAUAGAAAAUGGUUUUGGAAUAAAACAUGUGAACUAUUGAACAUACAAUGUGAUAACUAA